AUGAAGUCUACAUUUCGCCCUAUCUCUAUCCAUAGAACACAAGCGGGCUACCGUAAAUACAAUUACACCCCACUAGACAGCCGCAAAGACUCCAUCCGUCUCCUCAGACUUCACGCCUCUCCCUCCGCUGACUCCACCUGGCCAAUCCGCUGUUCCCUCUUCCACACCACUUUCGCUUCCGCGCCUCCCUACAUUGCCCUGUCCUAUGUCUGGGGCCAACAAAUUGGCUCUCAACUCAUCUCCAUCGACCAAGAACAUGUCUCCAUCACACCGAAUCUCAGACAUGCUCUCACACGUCUUCGUCCCAAGCCUGGAGAAAGCGAUCUAGUGAUGUGGGUUGAUGCAAUUUGCAUCAAUCAAGAAGACAUCCCCGAGAGGAGUCUACAAACAGCGAAUAUGAGAUCCAUCUACCAACAUGCAGCGAGUGUUGCUGUGUUUCUGGGGUUGGAGAGUAAUCGGAGUAAAGCUGCAAUGGGGGUUGCACGUGAUCUCAACUCUUGCGCUUCAAUCGAUGAAGUUAGAAAUUUACUCAAAGACCCGGAGAGGAUAGAGGGAAUUGAGGGACUAGUGAGAUUGUUCAGAAGACAGUACUGGUGGCGAAUAUGGGUGAUACAAGAAAUUAGCAGUGCUCGAGAAGCUACAGUGUAUUGUGGUGAGGACGAGAUUUCAUGGACGGACUUAGACAAAGUCUGUGAUCUGCUCAAAGAAGCAAUUGAGGAGCUCCAAUCCCUGUUUUACAAACACCCGUCUUAUGUACGAACCCUUACGCACGACGGUCCUCGCGGGCUACAACUAUCUCGCUUCUCGCCAAACAUUGCUGCACCACCAAUCCUCGAACUCCUCCUAUCGCACAAGAGCAAAUCGUCAACAGAUCCAAAAGAUAAAGUCUACGCCCUAAUUGGCGUUUCCGAUUCCAUUAAUACAUUUGGUAUCAUAGAUUACUCACAGUCAGUUCGCGAAGUCUACACUCAUACAGCCCACCACAUUAUCACCACCUCCAACCGGCUCGACGUAAUUUGCGUCUCGCAACAUGACCUCAACCAAUACUCGCUCCCAUCAUGGGUACCUGACUGGACACGACGUCCUCUAAAUUCAGGUGCUACAGUCAUCGGACUCCAUCACCACCAACCACCCUUCACAGCAUCCGGUUCCACCCUCGCAAACGCUCAAUUCCUCUCCCAUGGGUACGUCCUCAAAGUCUCAGGCUUUGUCCUAGACACUAUCGAUACAGUCGGUAUGACAUAUAAACGGACUCUGCAACGUCCACCCAGCGACGUGGCGCCCGCCUUGAAUGUGUUCCACGACUGGUGGAAUAUCUUCGUUAGUUCACACUCAAAUAGUGUUGCUUCACAAGCUGUCUUUGGUCGUACGAUCUCGUGUGGAAAUUGGGAACAUGAUGAUGAGAACUUGUAUGCGAGGAAACUGGAUGCUAUUUUUGCGCUGUCGGAUGAGGUGCUUGAGGGCUCGGACAUGUUGCGGCUGGAUCCGCCGUCGAGGUCUAGUACAGGUUCUGGCAUGGGCAUCUCUCAACUUUCUGGGUCGACGCUAUCCCUGGCUCCUUCCGAGGAAGAGGACCCAUUUAUUGCGAAUGAAGAUGAGGAAGAGAAACUUCGAUUAUCAGCUAUUCUAUCGGCAGGGCUCAUGAUGAAUCAGAGACGGCUGUUCAUCUCUCAGGGGAACCUUGUGGGUCUUGCCCCGGCCAGUGCGGAGGCAGGUGACAUGGUUUGUAUCCUCCUCGGAUGCAAGUAUCCCGUGGUUUUGAGAAGAAAUAAGGAUAGAGGCGGAUAUCUGUGUAUUGGAGAGGCAUAUGUGGAUGGAUAUAUGUACGGUGAAGCUAUGAGGGGCUUAGACGGUGGGGGAGAGCAGGUGCGAAGUUUUGUUAUUCAUUGA